UGGUUGUUGUCGGGCAGAAGACGCGACGCGGCUUCCCUUUGAGUGUGUCUGGCUAAUUUAUUAGUUUUAAUUGUUUUAGAUAUGGAUAUCCACAAGCCCAGGAGCAGCAACCAGACUUCACCCUCCCUGAAGUUGUCAAAUGGCUACAUUCUGCCUGAGGGCAAACUGACUCCCAACGCCCUCUUUGUCGGUGGGAUCGACAUGAAGGUGGAUGAAAAUGAAAUGCGGGACUUCUUUGCCAGAUAUGGUGCUGUAAAGGAAGUAAAAAUUAUCACGUACCGUGGAGGGAUCUGCAAAGGGUAUGGGUUUGUGUACUUCAGUGAAGAUGUCAACAUUCAGUCAAUCAUUGAGCAACAGAUCAGUUUUAAGGGCCGGAAACUCAAGCUGGGCCCUGCCAUCAUGAAAGAAAGGAGCUCUCGGUCCAUGCCAUCCCGUCUGGUUGGACCAGCUCCCUGGAUGAGCCCAACACAAUACUUCUACUGUACUUGCUGCUCACCCAUGGGAGGGGGUAUUGCACAACCUUCACCCAUCCUUAGUGGAGGCAGCCCUUACAGUCAGCCAUACUCCUACUCUAACUUUGGAGGAGUCAUGAUCCCACAGAUGCCAAUGAACUACUCACAGAAUCCCUAUGCCUACCAGUACACUCCACCUCACUGGAUGGCGGACCAGAGGACACGGCCUGUCAAUCAGAACUUUGUGGACUGUGGAGUCCAGACUAUGCUGACUGUGCUGUAGUCCAUAGCUACUGAGCGUCUUGCCAGAUACACUGGCUAUAGCAAGUCAAAAGGCAGACAGUUUGACCUUUUGAUGUUCUGGACGGCUGGAAGCAACCCAACUCCUCACUGUUUUUGGAAAGCCCUCCUCUCUCUUCCUUUCCUCCAACUUUUGAGACCCCUUUUAACACCAGACUGCAGAAGCUCUUCACUUUAACUGUACUAGUUUGAUCACAUUCACUUUGACCACGACUUGUAGGGACCACUGAUGUGUGGUCAAACUGCUUUUAACCCACAUAGAUCACAGUAACAAUUGCACAGGAAGAGCAGAGCACCCUCGCUGUACCAGAUGAUAUAUGGGCUCACAUUCCUCUUUUUUUUUUUCUUUUGUUAAUUAUUCCAAACAAAAAUGGAAAAGACUUUUAAGCUCACCCUUUGUGGCUAUUUAUAUUUUAUUUUUUAUUUAUUUUUGGAAUUAUUUUAAAUGUUUGUUUUGUUGGGGCUUUUUAAGCCUCUGCAAGGGCUCUCUGUACAUAAAAGGUAUGUUUAUAUAUUUGUAUAUUGUAACAAUGUCUCGACAGCAAUCUGGGUGUUUCAGCAUUGGAGUAGAAUGCCUCAGGUCUAAUGCUCCUGACUAAGAAAUUGCAUUAACUUGUCUAACUACAGCAUGAGGGCACUCAGGCACUCCAUUAAUUUCAAGCACUCACAUUUAUUUUAUGCUCUAUUCUAUUUAAUUGGGUGUCGAUUGAGGCAGUAAAUGAAUGGCAGUUUUGUCACAUUAUAGCACCUCAUCAAUAUCACUGAUUUCUUGUCUUGGUCAAACACCAGACUUUCCAGGUUGAGUUCCACAGAGCAUGUUGCGGCACACUGAUGAUCUGUGUGUUGCGUUUCUAAACUGUCCCAUGCUGCGACUGGUGUAUCUCAAAACAGUUCAGGGGUUCACUCUCAAGGACAAUCACGGCAUUAGAAAUAUUUUCCCCCCCAUUACUCGUCAAUCAACUUACAUUUUGAUGGCAAAAAAAAUGGUGGAAAGCUGUUAAUUCACUUUGAAAAUGAAGGACAUGAUUGAAAGUAAGGUGCUCUCUGUUUCUUUGGGGAAAAAAUGUUCACUGUAUGUGGUUCACUUCAUACUGCUUUCUCUCAGCAUUUUGGGUUUGAAACUAAUUGCAGGGGAUCUUGCACAAAGCAUUUUACUGACAUUUAAUAAGUGAGCAAUGAUUCUUUUAUACAUAUUUUCAAUAAGUGCACUAAAUAUGUCUUCUGUUAACUUUAUACACUUUAAAAGCAGCUUUGUGUGAUUUCACAUUUGGUAUUUGCUGUACAUCACAGAUUUUCUUUCCCUUGACGCUGUUCUGCAUAAUUUAAAUUGGCUGUUUACCUCAGGGUCUCUUUUGUGCAGACAUCUGAUUGUAUUGAUAUAGUUUUGUUCAGAGAGCCUGGACACUACACUGUUAGGUUUGGUUUACUGUUAAGUGUUCAUGUUUUGCAGGGUUUUGAUGUUUGUUUGAAAAAUAAAAGUUAAACUAUGUUAUCAUUUAA